AUUGCAAUCUAAAAUUUGAAUAUCUCAAAAACGAAUCUCAAAGAAAAUGGCUAUCUUCCUCUGUUUCGUCUUCCUUUUGUUCUCAUCUGCUUCUGCAGCUUGUAACCAAUGUGUCUUAUCAAAAGCUAGUUUCUUUGGUAGCUCUAAAGGCCUUUCCGGUGGAGCUUGUGGAUAUGGUCCCGUAGCUGUGGAUUUCCAUGGUGGACAUGUUGCUGCUGCGCUUCAUACUAUUUACAAGAAGGGUGAAGGUUGUGGUGCUUGCUUUCAGAUAAGAUGCAAGAACAGUGGUGUAUGCAAUACAAAAGGGACAAAGAUAGUAGUGACUGAUCUCCACACUGAUAAGAGCAACGCAACAGACUUUGUGCUGAGUAGCAGAGCUUUUAGAGCCAUGGCCUUGCCUGGCAAGGACAAACAGCUCUUAAGUGUUGGGAUCGCAGAUGUCGAAUAUAAGAGGGUACCCUGUGUUUAUAAAGGUCAAAACGUGGCUAUCAGAGUGGAAAAGUUCAGCAAAUUUCCAAACUAUUUGGCAGUAACAGCCCUCUACCAAGGUGGUCAAACUGCUAUCUUAGGAGGUGAUGUAGCCUCGGUUGAUCGACCAAGUAACUGGGUUUACCUGAGCCGAAACUACGGGGCAGUGUGGGACACAGACAGUGCUCCAAGCGGGAAUCUGACGCUGAGGUUUAUUAUUAACUCUGGUUUUGAUGCACAGUUCUUCUAUACCAACGAAGGUGUCUUGCCUGCCAACUGGAAGCCUGGAGUCACAUACAACACUAGUGUGCAAAUCACUAAUGUUGCUUUAGACGGUUGUGCUCCUUGUAAUACCUGGAAAUAAACCGAUAUAAUAUAAUAUCAGCAUGUAGUAUUAUAUUGCUGCAGUCUACUUGUGUAGUUUUGUGUCUUCAGAUUUUUGUGUACUAAGUCAAGUGUUAACGUACGCUUACCAAAACUCUUAUUUAAGUCUGUUGUACGAUGUGAUCUAUAAUUAGUGAUAAAUCUUUUGUUUUUAAUAAAAUUUAUCCCUUUUCAAAUC